UUUAUAUUGUUUUAUGUAUUAAUUUCUGUAUUUUAUUUCAAAAUGUCAGAUGAUGAGUCAAGUUUUGGCUCCUCAGAGAAUCAGGAUGAAGAUUCUUAUCUUACAUCGCAAUCUGACACCGAUAUAGUUGAUGAUAACAAACUAUCGCAAAAUUAUGGAGCAGAAUUAUACUCAAUGCUCGAUUCAGAAGAGCAAAAACAAAUUUCCAAACGUAAUUCAACCAUGAGAGAUAAAGCUAAGUCUUUAAAUAAAACAAAAGCACCGGAUUUGUCAAAAAAGGAACUUCCAGGACUAUAUAUUAAUAUAUCUACCGAAAAUGAUCCGCAGAAAUUAAAAACAAAGUCGAAAGACCAGAAAACACUUAGAAACAUUCUUGACCUUUACAAACUCCACUCGUUUCUGAAAACUGCCAGACUUCCAUUUAUCAUUUUACUUGACGUUGAGCUUCACCGUCUCCUGCAGUGGCUUACACCUACUGAAGAAGAGAAAUUAGCUAAAGAACAGGUUUUACUGCAGUUGGAGAUAGUUGUUAACGCUCUGUUCCCUCAUGGUAAACUGAAGGUUUUCGGAUCCUAUGUCACUGGUCUAUCAUUACCUGGAGCUGAUAUCGACGUGUGCAUUCAGUCUGAUGGAGAUCAACUAUGCAUUUUGAAUAUGGUUGUUUAUGCGCUCAAUAGGCUGGGACUAGUUCAUUCGUUUGAGUGUAUCUAUAAUACGACAGUCCCUGUAGUCAAACUAGUAGACAAGAGGACAGGUGUUAGACUAGAUUUGAGUGUAUAUAAUGAUUCUGCUUUCAAGACCACCAAAUUCAUACAGGAAAUGUGCCUUAAGUACAAGUAUAUGCAGCCUCUGAUACUCUUGAUAAAGCUAUUCCUACAGUCUAGAAGCCUUGGAGACACAUACUUUGGAGGAGUGGGAUCUUACCUGCUGUACUGUAUGGUCCUGAGUUUUCUACAGCUCCACAACUCGAGCACAAAUAACACAUUCGAUGAUAAAAACUCUCUAGCUACACUCUUCAUGGACUUCUUCUACUACUGGGGAUUUGUUAGGGACUAUAAACAGUUUACCACAUCAGUACGCGGACUAGGCCAUGUUUACCCUAGGACGCUAAGGAAAGAUAAAUCUGACAACACUUUCAGCUGCGAAAAUCCUCUUGAUAACUCUGUUGAUAUUGGAGCUAAUUCGUUCAAUAUGCAUAGUGUUAUUUCUUCAUUCCAAAACGCAUUUAUGGUGCUGAAGAGUAUUGAGUCAAACGUGCCCAAUUGGUUUCCAAGCAAGGAGGUGUCAUUUGAGAUGAACUUUUCAACAAUCCUCGAGUCAUUAUAUGAUGUUAGUCAUCCAAUUUUCCAAUACAGGAACAGUAAAAGGGCCUCAAAUAUUCGUAACGAGUUCUUCAAUGAAAACUCUAAAACGAUGAAGUCUUCAUUAGAAAAUGUAAUAAAACACCUAAGGAAGACGUUUGAUGGUAGUAAAACUAACACCUUCAAUGCUCAGAGGCAUUUAAUAGAGUCGUUAUCAAUUGCAAGUGAUGAUGUAAACAUUGGAGAAGAAAAUCCAUUUUACAUUGUAGCAGAGGCCGUUGGCAGAGACAAAACUAAACUUAAAUUUUAAUAUAAUCACCUAAAAAAUUAUUUUGUGGUUAUUCCACUUGUAAUAUUCAAAAUCCA